AUGGAUUUCCAUAUUGAAAUCCCUAUUGAUACUGUGAAAGGUACCCUUGUGGAUAUGGAUAAUUUGUCCUUUUCCAUGGGGUCAGGGGAUAUGCUGAUGAUCGUCAAGGAUGGUAUGGAAGGGCAAGCGCACACCUGUGAUAAUUCCUCAAGUUUCAGCAAUGGCAGCACUUUUUCCACAAACUUGAAUCUAGUUAUCAACGAUCUGUUUCGUAAUGCACCUCAAAGUUCAGGGUAUAACAUUUCUUCCCAUGGCCAAAAUCCCAAUAAGGUCUAUGGUCUGCUGCAGUGUACUGGAGAUAUAUUGUCAGUGAAAUGCUCAAACUGUGUGGUAGAAGCGAAUAGCAGUAUUCAUGAGCGUUGCCCCAAUGACAUAGGUGGGCGAAUAUGGCUUGAUGACUGCUUCAUGCGCUAUCACAACACUAGAUACUAA